GUGUUGGGCAACAAGUGCAGUCGGGACGCCGGAGCACCAACUUGCAACGCGACAUGAGUGACGACGCCAAAAGCAAGCACCAAAGUGCAUGCGAGUCCGAGGGUGCAUGCGUUUUGGGUUCCUUUUGUUUUGGGGAUGAGCUGGAGCUGAAUCGCUUCGACGGUUUACCUUUCUCGUCGCGGUACUACAAGCUGCUAGCGGAGAGGAGGACGCUGCCUGUGUGGACGCUGCGGCGAAGGUUGGAAGACGCGCUCGUUCACGCCCAAAUUGUGCUCGUGUGCGCGCACGCCGACGCCGGCAGGAGCACGCAGAUCCCUCAGUGGUGCGCGGAGUUGUGCCUGUCGGCCGGCUACCGCUACGGCACCGUGGUGUGCACGCAGCACGUGGAGCAGCGGGUUGUGGACUUGGCCUUACGCGUGGCCGACGAAAUGGACGUAGCCGUGGGCCACGAAGUGGGCUACCAAAUGGGCCGGGAGACGUGCUGCUGCUCCGACACUGUUCUCAGGUCGGCACCUCUUUUAUCCAUCUUUGGUGUUAUUGCAAAAACAGGUACAUGCUAUUUAAGUAGAACCUUUGAGAAAAUCUGUGUUCUCAGGUACUGCACCGAUGACAUCUUGCUCAGAGAGAUGAUGUCCGACCCUUUCCUGGAGCAUUACGCCGUGAUUGUCAUUGACCAGGCCCACCAGAGGACGGUGAGCACUGACCUCCUGCUGGGCCUCCUGAAGGACAUCGUGGCGCAAAGGCCCGAACUGCGGGUGGUGGUCCUCGCCGCACCGCCGCUGACGGACAGCCUCCGCAAUCACUUCCGCAGAGCCCCGACCCUCAGCUUGGAGUCACCUUUGUCGGGUCAGCUUAAGGUGGUGUGGAGUAGGGGCGGAAAAGACUACUUCUAUUCUGCUCUGAGGCUGGUUCUGGAGAUCCACCGCACCAGGGAGGAUGGUGACGUCGUGGUGUUCUUGGCAUCGGAGGAGGAGGUGAACUGCGCCCAUGGCAUCCUGCAGAAAGAAGGGAGCCGACUUGGAGCACACCUCGGUCAAAUGUUGCCCACGGUCCUGGGUCCCGGCCGGGGAGGACUCGGGCCUCCUCCAGAUGAGCGAGGACCAGGCGGAAUAACCAGGAGAGUUUUCCUCGCCACUCGUCACGCAGAGGAUGCGUGGUGGGCCAUGGACUCUGUCAACUUUGUCGUCGACUGCGGAGUCCAGAAAAAAAUGGUGUACAAUCCGAGAAUAAGGGCCAACUCCGAGGUGCUCCAGUCCAUCAGUCGUUGCCAGGCAGAACUACGCAGAAGGUUGUGUGGACCAGCAGGUAAAUGUUUCUGUUUAUACGCGGAGGACAACCAACUUCCUACACAGAGAUCCCCCCAGAUCCUGGAGUCCAACAUCACGGCCACCGUCCUCUUCCUGAAGAGGAUGGAAAUCGGCGGUUUGGCCCAGUGCGAGUUCAUCGACCGACCCGAUCCCGAGAGUCUCAUGCAGGCCCUGGAGGAGUUGGACUACCUCGCGGCUCUGGACGACGACGGCAACCUCUCGGAGAUUGGCAUCAUCAUGUCUGAAAUCCCCCUGGAGCCUCAGCUGGCCAAAGCUUUGUUGGCGUCCUGCGAGUUCGACUGCGUCAGUGAGAUGCUGACCGUAGCGGCCAUGCUUUCAGCUCCCAACUGCUUCCUGGAACCUCCGCCCGGAAUAAGCCACGAGGCCUCACAAUGCCACAGGAAAUUCCGGCACCACAAAGGCGACCACUUCUCCCUCAUUAAUGUCUUCAAUACCUUCAAGAGAAGCCAGAAGGAUCCGUAUAUCCGUGUAGAAGAAUGGUGCCGAGACAACUUCCUGGACUAUUCGGCUCUCCGGACGGCAGAGAGCAUCAGGGCGGAGCUGACCAACACGCUAAACCGGAUCGAGCUGCCCGUCUCAGAACCGGCAUUCGGCAGCAGGGAAAACGCAGCCAACUUGAAGCGAGCCCUGCUCGCUGGCUUCUUCAUGCAGGUACGUCGGCCAAAUUCCACAUUACCUCCUGAACGCUCCAUUUUCAAAUCUUCUGGCCUCCUUAAGGUCGCUCGAGAUGUGGACGGCUCGGGGAAUUACCUGAUCCUCGCGCACAAGCACGUGGCCCAGGUGCACCCGCGAUCUGGUUACGGGCCGUACCUCAAUAAGCUGGGGCUGCCCGAGUGGGUGCUGUUCCACGAGUACACGCUGGCACAAAACAACUGCAUGAGGAUCGUCACAGAGAUUUCACCACAAGUCUUCACUCAAACGGCUCCGCUCUACUACUUCUACAACCUGCCCCACAGCGAGAGCAAAGACAUCCUGCAGCACAUGUUAGAGCCACGCGCUACUCGCGAGAACGACAAACACAAAGCCAGCAACCUUACUGACGACAGCAGCAGCAGCAGCAGCAACGUGCAGUCGACUGAUCGCUGUGUCAUCCAGUGAAGCGCAAUUGUUGGUAGAAGGGCGGAGUGAAGAGUUUUGAAGAAUAGAAGCUCGUGGAAGGCAUUUUUACUCAGAAAAAAAAUAUCUUUGCAAAACAGGAUUUUAUAACUGCAUAGCAUGAUUUAAGAAAUUCAAUUAAAGACGGAAUCGUCAUCAGAACAUUUUAUAAUCAUAAUUCUUUUGUGUAGCACUGGAUAGAAAACCUAUUGAAUCUAAAACACUGUAAAAUUUCUAUAUAAAGCCCAAUAACUUUGCUUGUCAUGUACUAUAUAAUAAACUAUUUCAGAAUACUGA